AUUAUGAUGUGGACGUGUUAGGCACUAGUUUUCAAGAAGUGCUCAAAAGUGCGGAUCAGCCUUUAUAUUCUGACUGUUAUUAUCAUUCCCAAUUAUCAGCAGUUUCUGAAUUUCUUAACAUAAAGUCAGAAUAUAACCUAUCUGAGAGCUGCAUGUCCAAAAUAUUAGACUCAGUUGGUAGUAUGUUACCUCGUGACCAUUGUCUUCCCGAUACUUACUACAACAUGAAAAAGUUUGUUUCUGAGUUAGGUCUCCCUAUGAUAAAAAUGCAUGCAUGCCCUGAAGGAUAUAUGAUGUUUUGGAAGAACGACGAAACACUGAUCCGGUGUAAGUUUUGUAAUGCGGAUAGGUACAAGCCCAUAUCAGGUAUGGGUCGAAAAGCACGAAAAAGAUUUGCAGCAUCUAAGUUGAUAUAUCUUCCUUUAGCACCAUGUUUGCAGAGAUUAUAUGCCUCAAGCGCCACCGCUAAACACAUGACGUGGUAUGUAGAGCAUGACACUGAAGAAGGGUUAAUGUGUUAUCCAUCAGAUUCCGCAGCGUGGAAGCAUUUUGACAGAAUGUCUGCUCGUAGAGGUUCAUUCACUUCGUUUACUUCCUCCCGCGGGGGUCGGGGUGGUGGAGGUAGCCCACACAUAGUCCGGAAUGACCAGAACUCUCCUGUAGCUGAUUCGCAUGAGUCUAUCCAAUCUCGACACCUCUCUGAUGAUCAGCCAAAUGGUUUUGAUUCUUCAACCCCUGAAGAAUCCGUUCCCAGGAAGACCUUCAUUUCACCCUUUGAAAUGAGAAGCAAUCCAUCUGUCCUCAACAACAUCAUUUCAAUCCUCACUAACAAUUUUCACGGGUCGUGGCGUUCUUAUAUGAAUGCGGAUGCUGAUCAACGCAACCAUUGGUGGAAACUGUUUCAGAGGAAGUAUGAGUGGGAUGUCUGCUUUAAUACCAAAAUAAAGAAGAAGUUCAAGUCUCGGGCCUCUGAAUGGCUGAGCAAAAACAUUGGUAGAGCUAGGCGGGACAACAAGAAGCCGGACUGGAUUGGUGAAGGAGAUUGGAAGCUGUUGCUAGAGUAUUGGUCCUCUGAUGCGUUUAAGAAGAAAAGCCGUGCUGGAAAGAAGAACAGAAAUUCUAAAGCAGGGAAAGAGUCACAGUAUCGCGGUGGAAGGAUACCGGUGACUGCGCAUGUUGAAAGGCUGACGAAGGAGUUGAAUCGGCCCCCAUUGAAGAUUGAGGUGUCUGACAAGGUGUAUGUCCCGAAAUCUGGUGAUCCCCCGGCACGUGUAGUUGAAACAAAGCAAAAAUACAAUGAAAUGAAAGCCCAGGCUGAGUCUCAAGGGAGAUCGUACGAAGUGGAUGAUUCUGAGCUGUUUUGCGCGGUGGUGCCGCUGUACAAAGGCAGGCGGUUUGGGACGGGAUCUGAAGCCGAAGCGCUAUUGGACGUUGAAUGUUCUAGCCGGAUAUCGGGGCCGACUCAGCAGGAAAUCGAUGCCCGCAUAAAAAACCAGCUCGAAGCCUGAUUUGCGGAGUAGGAAAAGCAGUGGCAAACCCAGAUGGCGAACAUGACCUCCGCGUUUACGGCGUACAUGGAACAAGUGCGAAGUGUGAACCCUUCCGUCCCGCUGCCUGAUUUCUCGGAUUUUCGUACCCCGACCUCUGCCCAAAUGAACAUGCUUCAUGACUCGAAUGAAGUGCGACUGGAAGAUAUCUUUGCGUGAUGAAAAAACAAUAUUAAUUUCCGUAUUGGUUCUGGACAUCUUCUGGCAAUUUACUUGCCAUUUUUACUAUUGUUUUGGCAGUGGUUUAUCUGCCUGGAAUGUAAUAAUUUAGUAUUCUGUACAUUUAGUCUUUUAUUUACUGUUUUAUUUGCC